AUGGAUACACAAUCUAGAUUGCUUUCAGAGUGGUACGCAGAUUGGGACUCCAUCAAUGAAGCUUUAUGGAAUACUCAUGGUAUUCGCGAAUUUAUAAGUUUUGUGGUGUGCAGUAAACGCCCAGUGCAAGGCGUAGCGUGGAGUGUAUUUCUGUGCGAGAUAAAGUUAACAAACGGCAAGCUGUGGGGUUCAGGGGCCUUUUUUUUGCCGCCGCAGGGGAUGUACUAUCCUGUGAGUAACGGCAAUGUACUCGACACAGGAACACCAACCCUACUGCACAUGGUGGGCGCUGGAAUGGCGGCCCCGUUCCCUGCGGCGGCGGCGGCUGCGGCCGCGGCGGCUCAGUUUGCAGCUAACGGUGAGCUAGCUGGUGUGAAGGCGGACGCCACUGCAGCACAACAGGCGUCUAUUGUCAAGAGCGAGGGCCCCCCACCGCCGGCGCCGCUGCCUCCCGGAAACUUCUCCCCUCAACCACCACCACAAACCCACACCACACAGAAUGCAACUGAAAGUCACAAUACCAGCACACAAAGUGAAAGCGAGAUAUCCGAUGAAAAGCCAGUCAGCGUUGCAGCAGUAGUAGCCCAACAGGCAGCAGCUGCGGUGGCACAGCAGGCAGCGGCUGCUCACGCGGCAGCGGCGGCGGUGAGCGCUGCAGUGGCUGCUAACGCCACUACAACCACCGCAGCUACGGAGAAGAAUCUCGUGCCAGUAUCUCAAGCGUCACAGCCGAAACGUCUCCACGUCUCAAACAUACCCUUCAGAUUUCGAGAUCCCGAUCUAAGGAAUAUGUUCGGGCAAUAUGGAACAAUACUCGAUGUAGAAAUAAUCUUCAACGAACGUGGCUCCAAGGGAUUCGGUUUUGUAACAUUCGCAAAUAGUGGUGAUGCGGAGCGAGCACGAGAGCGUCUACACGGCACCGUGGUUGAGGGCAGAAAGAUAGAGGUGAAUAAUGCAACGGCCCGAGUGCAGACCAAGAAACCUCCAGCUGUGCCAAACGUGUGUGUCCAGUGGCCGGAAGCCCCAUCGGCGUGGCGCGGAGCAGUUGUGAUGAGAGGACGCUCCCCCCACUCGCCCGCGCACUCUCAUUCCCUCCAAUCAAUGAUGCCCCGCGCUGCCAACACAUACGCCUCUUCGUUGCACGCAUAUGCACACGUUUAUUAUGACCCGUUCUUAGCUGCAGCAGCAACAGCCGACUCAAACUACCGACUACAGGCGGCAGCAGCAGCAGCCGCAGCGGCACCACUCCUAAAGUCUCCAUUGACUAGUGCCCAACACGCAGCGGCGGCCGCCGCUGCAGCGAACUAUGGAGCCGCAGCACGCGCAGCCGCCGCCGCUGCUGUUACUGCAGCGCCCGCGCAGGCCGCUCUCACACCGCUAGCUGCGACAUAUGGAAGAGAAUAUGCCGAUCCAUAUUUAGGGCACAGCAUCGGUCCAGUAACAGGAUACGGGACUGCCGUGUACAGAAGCGGUUACAACAGAUUCGCGCCAUACUAA